AUCAAAAUGACUCAAGUCUAGAACGACGUGUUUCCUCUAGACAUGUGCAUUCUCUUGUCAUAAAUUCAUUUCUUGGUACGAAAAUGUCAUCCCAGGGGACAGUCGUCGAGCCUGGUGCUCCGCAGCAUGUUUCGAUCACCCCUCUGCUGAAAAGACUCUGGCCAUCGCCAGCAGAGAAUAACGUGACCGUGGACGAGAUCGCAUUGGCAAUUGAACACAUCUUCACGGGCCAAUUGUCGCCGGUUCAAACUGGUGCUCUUCUUACUUGUUUGCACUUCACGGGCUGGGAUCGAAGAGCAGAUAUCAUCGCAAAAUGUGCGCAGGUCAUGCGAGCAUUCGCCUCUCCCAUAGACAAUACCAAACUAGAUAAAGUCGUCAAGGCAAGAGGGCGACCUGAGGGCCAAUAUCACGGGGGGCUAUGUGAUAUUGUUGGCACUGGCGGCGAUUCUCAGAACACUUUUAAUAUAUCAACCACUUCUUCUAUACUCGCCUCUUCCUUGCUGCUUAUGAGCAAGCAUGGGAAUCGAUCUGCUACUUCCAUGUCGGGAUCGGCUGAUUUACUCCAAGCUGCUCAACCCAGAGCUCCAAAUCUGAUGAAAGUCACGCCGGAGACAAUAUCUAGCAUCUACGAGAAAACCAACUAUGCCUUUCUAUUUGCUCCUGUCUUCCAUCCUGCUAUGAAAUAUGUGGCUCCGAUUCGGAAAGAGCUUGGUUGGAGAACUAUCUUCAACUUGCUCGGUCCUCUUGCCAAUCCUCUGGAAGGGAGUCUUGAAGUUCAUCUUCUGGGAGUGGCUCGCAGAGACAUUGGUCCUGUCUUUGCCGAUGCACUGAAAAUGAAUGGUGCUAAGAAAGCUAUGGUGGUCUGUGGUGAAGAAGAUCUCGAUGAGAUCAGUUGUGCAGGUCGGACUUUCUGCUGGAGAUUGGUGGACCGGUCAACUCACGAGAACUCCUCGGCAGAAAACAUCGACAUUGAGAGCUUUACUAUCACUCCUCAUGAUUUUGGACUCGCAGCUCAUACGUUGAAAGACGUCUCCCCAGGCAAAGGACCAGCCGAAAAUGCCAAGAUCUUGUUGAACAUCCUCAACAACAAACUCGCUUACGAUGACCCUAUUCUGGAUUUUGUUCUAAUGAAUACCGCUGCCUUGUUUGUCGUCUCUGGAGUCUGUGAGGCUGACACAAGCGAUAUGGGUCCUGGUGAUGACGGCAAAGUUGUGAAGGAGAGAGGUCCAGGAGGAGGUAGAUGGAAAGAAGGAGUAAGAAGAGCCCGGUGGGCUAUUGAAAGUGGUGCAGCUCUGAGGCAUUGGGAACAGUUCGUGGAAGCCACCAAUUAGUCGUUGAGAUGGCUGUAUUUCUCAAUGCCAAAAGUUUCGUCGGAUUAUAGAUCUUUGGUUUCCUAGAUAGACCGAAAGAGAUAGGGCUUGGUUAUCCUAGCUAUUGUAAGCAUUACCGGCAUGAGCAAAGGGUAGCUUCACUAUGAAUGGAACAAAAAGUCUUGCUUUCAUGACUCAUGCUGCAGAGACGAUUAUCCUCCACCUUCAUAG